GUCGCUACCUGUGAGUUGAGGCAGGGAGAGCGGAUCAGUGAGGGCAGCGCUGCCGGCAGAGUCGGGGAGAGAGAGCGGGAAUCUGCCAGGGGGCAGCAGGGGACACGAUGGCGCUGUCACAGCUCCAAUGUCUGGACAAUAACCACGUGAACUGGAGGACGAGUGAGGGCAAAGCCGAGUUCUUCUACAGCGAGGAGCAGAGACUGGCCCUGGAGGCGCUGCUGUCUCAAGGGGUCGAUGCUUUCCAUGGGGUCGUCAAGGGGGAGAACAUCAGGGAUUUCCUGUCGGAACUGGAGAUGAGCCGCGUCCUCAGCCGCCUGGAGCCCUUUGACCCCGACUGCUGUCACUGCCGGCCGGACGGGGAGGAGGGAGAUGAGGGUAUCGGGGAGCAGGAUGGGGCUCAGUCGCUGGAGUACUGGCCCGACAGAUCCGACUGUUCCAUUCCUGACCUGGACUUGGGCUGGCCCGAAGCUUUCGCCUACCGGGGAGUGACCCGGGCCACGGUCUAUAUGCAGCCCCCGGUGGAUGGGCAGCCCCAUAUCAAAGAGGUGGUGAGGAAGAUGAUCAACCAGGCGCAGAAGGUAAUUGCGGUCGUCAUGGACCACUUUACGGAUAUAGAUAUAUUUAGGGACCUGCUAGAUGCCGGCUUCAAAAGGAAGGUCUCCGUGUAUGUCAUUCUGAAUGAAACCGACGUCAAGUACUUCCUGCAGAUGUGCGAGAAAGCUCAGAUGCACAAAGGGCACGUCAAGAACCUGAGAAUCCGCACUCUUGGGGGCUCCGAGUUCUACACACGCUUCUCCACCAAGUUCAAGGGGUCUCUGGGGCAGAAGUUUAUGUUUGUGGAUGGAGACAAAGCAAUAUGUGGCUCCUACAGUUUCACCUGGUCAGCUUCAAGAAUAGAUCGGAACCUUAUCACCAUGCUUUCGGGACAAGUAGUCGAAACCUUUGACCGGCAGUUCCAGGAUCUCUACCUACUCUCUAAGGGAGUAAGCCUCAAGAACAUUCCUAUGGAAAAUGAACCAGAGCCUGAACCAGUGUUGCAAACAGCAACUGUUCCUACGGCCGUUUCGGAAUCAAUUGCCAAGAAGCUCAUUAAUCCUAAGUAUGCACUGGUCAAAACCAAAAGUGCCAGUGAUACAGGGGCAGAGAAAGAAAAAAAUUCUUCAAACUGUAAUAAUAUGGCCACUAAACCUAAACCAAAGCCCACAGAGCAGCCACCUCAAGAGCAGAAACACCCAGCCCUACAUAAUAUGGAGAAAGCAAACAUGUUUGACUACCUGCCCACCUGGGUAGAGCCAGAUCCUGAACCAGGAAGUGAUAUUUUGGGAUACAUUAAUAUUAUCGACCCCACCAUUAAAAAUCCUCAGCUUUCCCAGAUGAAUAGGAUUAAGAUUUGGGAUACGUCACAAGCUACUGCCCAAUUCCUGCUCGACAAGGAGCAAGAAAUAAAACAGACUGAGUGUCAAAAAGGAUCAGAGACAAGUCAGGAGCAAACGAGUUCCAAAGUGGAGACCCAUGAGCCAUAUUCUGAGAAGCAAAAGUCUGGACAUGGCUAUAGUGAGACGACUACAGUGAAAAAAGAGGAGGAAUCUUCUGAAAACCUUGUUCAUACAAGCAAAGUGGACCAAGGUCGUAUGGAGCAUUCUCCUAGCAAGGCCACAUCUCUUACACAAGUCAGUCAACAGAAUCAAAGCAUGGACCUCAAUGAAGUCGAAAAGUCUCCAAGCCAGAGCAGAGGUUCCAAAGCAAGUCAAACUAGCCAAGGUAAAGAGUCUAUGCCAAGCAAUAGCAGUGGGGCUACACUUGGGGGACAACCCGUGUCAAAUACAGAAGAAUCAUCUGUGGCAUCACCAGGUCCAUGUGAGGACUUGGAGAAAGAGCCUGUAAAAGACACUGUAGAUGAACUAGAGGAUACUAGUGUUAAAGAUCCUCCAUUAGAGAAUUUUGAGUCGCUGCUGAAAAGUCAACAUCUAAUUAUUCCCAGGAACACAGAACCAGUAACUGGACCACCGGUGCCAAAGCCACGGACACUGCCAGUAGCAGACUUUAUAAACAUGAAGAAUGCACAGAAUGCCAAUAUAGGAAGUCCAAGCCCAUGCCUAGCUGAUAGCAUCAUGCCUUCAGUCAAUGGACUGGACACCGAGGGGACAGAAGACACCAAUCACAGUGAAAAAGCUGAGGAGGACAGCGAUGAGGGUGUGCAAUAUUUUUCCAGUGGCUCUGGCUCUCUUCCCCCUUCCAGUAGUUCUUCUGUAUCAGAGGAGUACUACUUGACCACGUCAGUGCAGAGAAGGAACUCGGAGGAUCCAGUUUACAAUGGGGAAUUCUUUCCCGUGCAGAGGAAAAUGAGUGAAGGCCACAUCAGCAGAGGAAGCUUCCUUAGUCCUUUUCAUUUUCGUCAGACAGUGAUGGACUUGGGGCAGAUGGAGAACGGACAAAGGAGGAACCCUGGACUGGAGCAAGAGCUGCAGAUGGCGAUGGCAGAUAGGCACCCGAUGCACGGGAACGAAAUGAUUUAUUCUAUGGAACCUACCCAGGGAAAAUCCAAUUAUCCAUUUGGCACUAAUGGGCUGUCUCCAAGCUACGAGAGGUUGCAGAUGCAUCGCCAGGCCAAAAACCCAGGAAGAGCCAGGGGCAGAGAAGAAAGCACAGGGGUUCCCCGAGGGUACCCUCAAAUCAGAAAUCCGGAAGGACUGGCGUUGAGACACGGCUUCUGGGGCCCCAGUCAUGCUGCCAAUCAACCCAGUCCUCUUACGUCCAACCCAAUGCCUGCCGAGCACCCAUCCACUCCAUUUGGAAUCCCUUUUUCUAAGCUAGCUCAGGCGAAGCAUCUCAAGACCAAAAUGGGAGCUUCGAAUCUGGACUCCAGGCGGAGAGGACAUGGGUAUCUAGGACACAAGGACCAGUGAGUUUAUCUUGGGCACCUUGGUCUCUGGAUGUCUUCCUAUUACAGUCUCUCCAAUCUCUCUCCAGUCCAGGUUUUGGUUCCAGACUGCAUGAAUGUAUAUGGGAAUACACCCAAUACUUGGGUAACUCCAUAUUUAGUUUUUCUCUUUUCCACUCUUCUCCUGGAGAAGGACCAACAAUGUGCUGCUAAGGUUUCUCUCCCUACAGGUGUCUCAAAACAAAUGUAUAUACCUAUGUGUAAAUAGUCCCUGGGCAGUCUUCGGGUAUGUUACAUAAGCUCUGCACCUCGUUUACUGUCGUACUUGAAACAGGUCAUUUAUAGAAGCUCCAUUGUCCUUCCCCUAAAGGCUUCUUACCCAUCUCGGCUAGAAAUAGGCUGUAGGUUGAACCCAUGCAAGUGGUAGUUUUGCAGAUUGCCUGAUCAUGUGAAUUUUUAACCCAAUUAAAGAGCAGGCUCUACUGACAUGACCGCACAUAGCAGCUUCCCACUGGUUCUUCCACCUUUAAAUGACCUUUAUAGAAGCUGUCCGUGUUGGAGCAGCCUCCUUUUCCAAUGCUCUGGCUCCAACAAAACCAUGGUCUUGUUUUUAUCAUUUAAAGGGGCAAACUUCAAGUUUUCAGGGUAGAGAGUUAUAUUAUUAUGGUGUUUGUAAAUUUUUUUUUUUUUUUUUUUUUACGUAAUAUUUAUGCGAAUGUAUAAAAUGUGCAACCUGGAAUUGUACAGUAUAUUAAUAAUUGGUGUUAUAGGAAAACUAAAGCUAAAAGUACACAUUUAACAGUAUUGUGCAGGGUGUCCGACAUUGGGUUUAGAGCUCCUCCCUGCAAUUGUCCUUCCGUGGCCCUAUCCCAAAUGUCUCCUACGAGCAAAUUUGCACUUAUACUUGAGA